AUGAUCACUGCGAUGGGCGCUGUUGCCCUCCUCGAAGGCAGGUAUAGAGAGGAAGUCACUGCGCCGACGCCGCUGGCGUAUAUGAUCUGCCAGGUCGCCACUUCCAGGAUUUAUUUCAACCUGCACCACGCCGCCCAGAGAUUAACCCAACCGCGGUCAAUCGAUUUGGACGUCGUUACCUCUGCCCUUGAAUUCGCUCAGCACGACGCUAACGCACUACGGACGCUCGCUGAGCCGUGA